UACCAGUUUGGGAAUCUCUGGUGCCUUCAGCCUAAGGCAGCUUCCAGGAGGUCUGCAAACUCAGAGCUGGAACAUAUAACCAGGCAGGGAGGGAUCUGGUAAGUCAACUCUGUAGCUGCGCUGAGCCUAGUCUAGUAUCUCAGGCAAAGUAAUCAGUCUCUCCUGGUUGAAAGUUGCCAGGCUAUUAUGAGAAAGAGGGAUUAAGUUUCUAGGCAGAGUCCUCGGCUCUGAACAAAGAUCAGUGUUGUAAAUGGCAAGAAGGUAGAUCCCAGCUCCUGUCAGGAGGAAGUCUCCUAACAACAGACCACUGACAGAUGAAGUAAUGAAUGUAUCGUCACUGAGGGAGCCUAAACAGAGGCUAGAGGAACUGUGAUGCAGAGGCUUGGACGGGAUUCCCUCUCUGGGUCCAAUGAUAGACCUCCAUGGCCAGCCCUGACACUCCAUGAAGAUUAUCUGGCAUUGGUGGUCUUGAACCACCAAUCUUAAUCUUAUUUUCUGGAACCUCGUCCGCGCAGUGUUGCAGUAAGAAGGCGGCGGGGCGCUCUCGGCUCAGCUCCCGAGAGACGUCCUGCGAGCGGAACCCGGGUUCAGUGGCUGACGAGGGCGCCCGGAGGGUUUUCGCAGGACUCCAGACCUAGCGACGCGCACUUCGUUGCUAAGGGCUGAGGCGCGGAGGCUGCGGAGCCUGGAGGCUGUGGACGCCGUAGGGUUCGGCGUCCUCGUUGGGCCUCAGCUCCCGGCCCGGCCGGCCCUCCGAGAUUAGGAAGUGGCUGCCUGAACUAUUUUCCAAAGGAUAACUUUACAAAGCAGCAGGUCACCAAGUUUACAAAGUUUACAGCUUUACAAAUACGGCAGCUCACCAAGAAGAUCCUACUGGUUUGGGCGAUACUUUUCAUAUCCUGAAUUUCCUCAGGACUCACCAGCUCACCAUAAUCUAUGGCUGCAAUUCCUGAUGACUGUGACAUCCUUUGUUUAUGGCAGGAAAUAGUCCAUUUCUCACUGGUUACCUGUUCUUUUCAGGACGUCAAUUCUGGCAGCUUUUAAAUGUAGGCUGAAAUUCUUCUGGAAAACUGUGGGCACACAACUUCCAGCAGCCACAAGGGAUGCUGCUACUCAGGUGCCAUCCAAAACGAGCUCUUCCCCAGAAGGUCUCGUGCAGGUUCUGUCCAGUGAUGGGGAAACUGCAGAGCAAAUUCAGACACGGCACUUACAGAUACAGCAGGCCAGAUGGAUUUAUCGAAGAGAGGAUUCAAACUAAAGCCUUUCAAGAGUAUAGCCCGGCUCACGUGGAUACCGUCUCUGUUGUUGCUGCUCUGAACUCAGACCUCUGUGUCUCCGGAGGAAAAGAUAAGACAGUUGUGGCCUAUAACUGGAGAACUGGAAAUGCGGUGAAAAGGUUCAAAGGACAUGAGCGUGAAAUCACCAAGAUAGCGUGUAUUUACAAAUCAAGCCAGUUCUUCAGCGCCUCUCGUGAUAAGAUGGUCAUGAUGUGGGACUUGCAGAACUCCUCACAGCCAAGACAGCAGUUCUCUGGCCACACCAUGGUGGUCACUGGACUGACCGUGAGUCCAGAUUCAUCACAACUGUGUACCGGCUCCCGUGACAACACCCUGCUCUUGUGGGAUGUGGGGACUGGACGGUGUUCAGAGAGUGCUUCAGUCUCCAGGAACCUGGUCACUCACUUGUGCUGGGUCCCCCAAGAACCUUACGUACUCCAGACCUCCGAGGAUAAAACCAUCAGACUGUGGGACAGUCGGGGGCUGCAGGUAGCUCAUACAUUUCCCACCCAGCAGCACAUCCAGACGCACUGCGCGGUCAGUGAGGAUGGACACAAGUGUGUCUCCUGCAGCAGCGGCUUUGGAGGGGAAGGCUGUGAAGCCACGCUGUGGGACCUAAGGCAGACACGGAACAGAAUCUGUGAGUACAGGGGGCACUUCCAGACCGUUGCGUCCUGUAUCUUUCUACCCAGAGCUCUAGCCUCAAUGCCUGCAGUUGCUACCUCAUCACAUGACUGCAAGGUGAAGAUCUGGAAUCAAGACACUGGAGCCUGCCUUUUCACCUUGUCGCUGGAUGGAUCAGGACCUUUGACUUCCCUGGCGGUGGCCGACACCAUCUCCUUAUUGUGUGCGAGUUUCAGCAGAGGAAUUCACUUACUCAGGGUGGACCACAGCCGAGGGCUGGAACUGCGGGAAGUGGCGGCAUUCUGAGGCCAAGAGACCUUCACUGGACAAGAGCAAACUGUGGCUCCUUCUUUCUCAGUGUGACUUUGUGUUUUUUCAUGUUCUCUUGAGGGGAGGGUAAUGUGGAGCUGAUGUUUUUUGCUUAGGUUCCCUUGGAAGAUAUGUCAGUGUUAGAAGUCAGUUUAAGUCAAAAUCAGGUGUAGAGAUUAGUAAUACGGACUCAAAUAUGGUUCUCAAUUGAAAUUAAAUCCAAGUACAAGUUUUAGUGAGCUUUGGGGACUACUGUUUAAGAAAAAUGAGUUUAUGGGCUUUUGCCUUUUGAGACGGCCCACACUCUUGUCUGUGGAGUGUUUCUCCCAAGGCCAUCUUACCUUCUGAGAUGUACUGCAUUUUGUUCAUGGAAUGUGUAUCUUUCUUAAAAAAAAAAAAAAGGUUUAUAGCUCAGAAUGAUGGAUGUGGAUGGAUGUGGAUGUAAGAGUGAGAGUCAGAACACAGGUCUGAGUCUACUGAACUGACCUUUUCCGUGUCUCCAGAAAAGAAAAGAGUAUAGUGGAGAGAGAAACCAUUGUGGUUGCCUCACAGUUAUCUAGGUGGGAAAGGUUAGUGCAGCUCCAUGGAAGAAACGGAUUGCAGACAUGAGGUUAAGCUCUAAUCACAGCCCCUUCCCUUCCCAGAAGAAUCAAAGUUAGGGCAAGGAAGCAAAGCGACCAGGGCGAGCGCUGCAUGAGCGGGAGGCCUGAGAUGGCGGGCAAAGAGGCUGGCCGCCACCGUGCCUCGCCCGGAGUUGGACGGAUUUUCAAACCCAUUCCACGGAGGAGGGAGUGGAGAGAUGAAGGCUAAGAAGAAUUUCAUUUGUGUGUUUUAAUAUUUUUACUUAGUUUUAUAUAACCCUUCCUGGGAAAUGGCCGGAGCGAGGCAAAGGGAAUGUCUGCAAUGACAUUGGAACACAUAGAAAGAAGUAGAAAGAUGGGCUCAGCCGUGCCAGCCACCGAGCCCCUGUCGGUGAAGAGGAGCAGACUGCUCCCGUCUGUCUGGGUGGUUCCCAGGAGAUGGGUCCCGAGCCUGGUGGUCACAAGCCUGCUUUCCUCCAGGGAAAGGAGACUCACUCCUGCCUCCAGGCAAGCCCACACACAAGGCAACUGAGGCCUGGAAAGUCCCUUUCUGAUGAGUCCCAAAGAGUCCUCUCUGGCCCCUGCCUGUCCCUGAUACCAGCCGCUGGCAACCUUCUUCCAUGUCCCCCUCUCGCUCCUCUUUGGGGCCAGCUCCCCCAUUCUGUCUCCAGCCACUGGAGAGGAGCAGCUUAAGCUGAUGCAAAGCAUCCAUCAGACCCAGGUUGGACCCUCCAUUUCCCCAUUCAGCUGGAUGAUCUUGGGAAAGUUGUAAAACCCCAGUUUCCUCACUUAGAAGAUGGAGCUCAUAAUCCUACUUUGCUCACAGGGCUGUUUUGAGAAUUGGACCAUGUUAAAUGCCAGGCAAGCUGUGGGAUGCUUACAGUUGGCAGCCCUGGCUCCUCGCUGCCCUCUCUGCCCAGACUAAAUGCUGUCCCUCCCACGUGACAUGUUCACCACUCCUUCACCCGUCCUCCUUAGAUCGUGACUUCUAACCCUUCAGUCAUUGUUCGGCUUCCCUGUGAUCCGUUAAGUUACAGAUCUUUGAGCCCUAGAAGGACGUGGUGAGAGAGGAAGCUGCCUCACUGAGCACCAACAGGAGGCUGAGCACACAUAUUCCCACGUGGUUCUUAGUACCCUGUCACAGAUGAGGAAACUGAGGCCUGGGGACACGCAGUCCUCUGCCGGAGGUUAUACACGUGGGGAGGAAGGGGAGGAGCCCUUUGCCUCACCCCUUAGCCUCUGCAUGAUGUCACAAAGUCCACUUCAGAAAUUCUUAGACCAUGACCUUGUUUGUAUCUUUUCUAGACCAGUUAUCAACUUUUUGGCUCCAAGGAGAUCCUCCUGACAAGGGGCCUGGGAGUAGUAGACAGGUGUCUCAGGGAAAGUCCUAGCUAGUCUUAAACUAUUAGUGCUACAACUGAGCCUUUUUUUCUAGGAAGAAGACAGAGAAUCUAAGGGAGUGGGUUGGGAGGGGGGUCCCAGGGAAGACUGAGAAAAUUAAAGGGCUCUGACAAGCCCAGUUCUAUUACCAAUUAAAUCGUUUCCCUACACUCUACACCUGCUUGAUGUAAAAAUUCCUUAUCUGUGCAUUUUAAGUAGAAAAUAGAUUCAUAAAUGCACGUGUUUUUAUAAGAUUUUUCAGUCUUUUAUGCCCUAAUGCAUUCAUUUGGUCAUCGAACAUCUCAUUUUAGAGGCUAUUCCUCUAAAAUCACAUAAGGGAAUCUUCCAAAGACGACUUUUUUUUUCUUUUUUGGCCGUACCACACACAUGGCAUUCGGAAUCUUGGAUCCCUCACCAGGGAUCAAACCCAUUUCCCCUGCAGUUGAUCUAUGGAGGCUUAACCACUGGACUACCAGAAAAGUCCAGCUUUUUUCUAUGAAAGUAUUUAAGCCCUUGGAAUCUGGCCAAUUAUAUUGUAAUUUUUUUUUAAUUCAUAUAUUUACUUAUAUAAGUUGAAAAUAUUUAUAUAUUAAUAUUUAAGGAAAAUGCAUAGUGAUUAUUAACCACCUUUUAAAAAUAUUUAUUUGGUUUUUGUGGUGGCUUAAACUAUCUUAUGAGGACCUUUAUUUUUUCUAAAAGGUUAAAAAUAACCUGGAAAAGGGUGUUUUCUUUAAAAUAGCUACCUGCAAGUAUUGUGAUGCAGUGAACAUCUUUGGUAUCCCCACAGUAUCGGACAAGUCCUGAUUAUCACUGACUUCCUGAACAAUGAUUAUUAAAGAAGGUUCCUGAAGAAUUCUGAGUUUACAGUCACCAAAACAGAAAUAAUAUCUGAUCUUUCAGGACAGCAGCAGAAAUGUGCCUUCAGAUGUGUGUUUUCAACAUUGGUAUUGAGAGAGAUUGUUUUCAGUCUAUAAGGACCUUCGUUUUGAUACAGGAAUUGCAAGUAUAGAACUCAAGUCGUUUUUGUUUUUUUUUUUAAUAUUUUAAUGCUGAGAAAAAGGAACUUAGAUUUUUCUGAUUGGUCUUUUGAAAGAAUAAUUAUUAAACAGCAGUUUCAUCAUUAAAAACACAGCGGAGUGCUAGCUGUUCCUGAAAUGGGCGCUUCUUGGCAUGGGGUUUGCAGCUAAGAUAGCAUUCCCAGCUAGGCAUGGCCAUGAGAAUAAGCUGGUGUCAGUGGAUUGGGAGUGGCAGUGAUGUGUGUGUGUAACUUCCACCUUAUAAGCACAAAAGGCACAUGUUUGUCCAGGACUUCCCCUCUGGGCCCCUUCCCCCUAGGUGUGAUGCAGACUGCCAGGAGUAGCUUCAACUAUUUGGAUAAGGAUAGGAUGGGACAGCAAGAAAGGAGGAACCAGGGCCCCAGAUAACUUCCAGGAGCUGAUCUGUUCCAACAGCCUGACUAGCUGAACUUUGACUUGAAAGAGAACGUCAUUCUCUUUAAGUCACUGUAUAUGUAUAUAUAUUUAAAUUUUUUUAGUUCAAGUUUAGCCAUCACAAAAUUUCAAAUGUCUUAAAUUUACAGCUGGUUGAAUUUUCAUGAACUGAACACAUGCUGGUAACCUAGAUGAACGAGUAUGAUGCAUCCAGGGACCCAGGUGGCCUCCCACAUACACCCCUCCAGAAGUAUCUGCUCAGGAAUUUGUCACAACGUAAACUGGCUUUGUCUGCUUUCUACUUGAUAUAAAAUCGUAUUGUAGUAGAUGGAAGAUAUGGCCACAAAUUUCUCCCAUCCCUGUACAUGCGACCCUUUGCCAACUAACUUAUCACUAAUCAGCCAGUUCAUUUCAGUUCAGUCGCUCGGUCGUGUCCGACUCACUGCAACCCCAUAGCUGCAGCACACCAGGCUACCCUGUUCAUCACCAACUCCCGGAGUUUAUUCAAACUCAUGUCCAUUGGGUCGGUGAUGCCAUCCAACCAUCUCAUCCUCUGUCAUCCCCUUCCCUUGUCGCCUUCAACCUUUCCCAGCAUCAGGGCCUUUUCAAAUGAGUCAGUUCUUCACAUCAGGUGGCCAAAGUAUUGGAGUUUGAGUUUCAGCAUCAGUCCUUCCAAUGAAUAUUCAGGACUGAUUUCCUUUAGGAUGGACUGCUUGGAUCUCCUUGCAGUCCAAGGAACUCUCAAGAAUCUUCUCCAACACCACAGUUCCAAAGCAUCAAUUCUUCGGCACUCAGCUUUCUUUAUAGUCCAACUCCCACAUCCAUACAUGACUACUGGAAAAACCAUAGCCUUGACUAGACGGACCUUUGUUGGCAAAGUAAUGUCUCUGCUUUUUAAUAUGCUAUCUAGAUCGGUCAUAACUUUUCUUCCAAGGAGCAAGCAUCUUUGAAUUUCAUGGCUGCAGUCACCAUCUGCAGUGAUUUUGGAGCACAAAAAAAUAAAAAUCUGUCACUGUUUCUGCUGUUUCCCCAUCUAUUUGCCAUGAAGUGAUGGGACCGGAUGCCAUCAUCUUAGUUUUCUGAAUGUUGAGUUUUAAGCCAACUUUUUCACUCUCCUCUUUCACUUUCAUCAAGAGGCUCUUCAGUUCCUCUUUGCUUUCUUCCCUAAGUGUGGUGUCAUCUGCAUAUCUGAGGUUAUUGAUAUUUUUCCCGGCAAUCUUGAUUCCAGUUUGUGCUUCAUCCAGUCCAGUGUUUCUCACGAUGUACUCUGCAUAGAAGUUAAAUAAGCAGGAUGACAAUAUACAGCCUUGACGUACUCCUUUCCCUAUUUGGAACUAGUCUGUUGUUCCAUGUCCAUUUCUAACUGUUGCUUCCUGACCUGCAUACAGAUUUCUCAGGAGGCAGAUCAGAUGGUCUGGUAUUCCCAUCUCAUUAAAAAUUUUCCAGUUUGUUGUGAUCCACACACUUAAAGGCUUUGGCAUAGUCAAUAAAGUGGAAGUAGAUGUUUUUCUGGAACUCUCUUGCUUUUUUGAUGAUCCAAUGGAUGUUGGCAAUUUGAUCUCUGGUUCCUCUGCCUUUUCUAAAUCUAGCUUGAACAUCUGGAAGUUCAUGGUUCACAUACUGUUGAAGCCUGGCUUGGAGAAUUUUGAGCAUUACUUUGCUACGUGUGAGAUGAGUGCAAUUGUGGGGUAGUUUGAGCAUUCUUUGUCAUUGCCUUUCUUUGGGAUUGGAAUGAAAAUGGACAUUUUCCAGUCCUGUGGCCACUGCUGAGUUUUCCAAAUUUGCUGGCAUAUUGAGUACAGCACUUUCACAGCAUCAUCUUUUAGGAUUUUAAAUAAUUCAACUGGAAUUCCAUCACCUCCACUUGACUUUGCAUUCCAGGAUGUCUGACUCUAGUCCAGUGAUCACUCCAUUGUGGUUAUCUGGGUCAUGAAGUUCUUUUUUGUAUAGUUCUUCUGUGUAUUCUUGCCACCUCUUCUUAGUAUCUUCUGCUUCUGUUAGGUCCAUACCAUUUCUGUCCUUUAUUGUGCCCAUCUUUGCAUGAAAAGUUCCCUCGGUAUCUCUAAUUUUCUUGAAGAGAUCUCUAGUCUUCCCCAUUCUGUUGUUUUCCUCUCUUUCUUUGCACUGAUCACUGAGGAAGGCUUUCUUAUCUCUCCUUGCUAUUCUUUGGGACUCUGCAUUCAGGUGGGAAUAUCUUUCCUUUUCUCCUUUGCCUUUAGCUUCUCUUCUCUUCACAGCUAUUUGUAAGGCCUCCUCAGGCAGCCAUUUUGCCUUUCAUUUCUUUUCCUUGGGGAUGGUCUUGAUCCCUGCCUCCUAUACAGUGGCAUGAACCUCCAUCCAUAGUUCUUCAGGCACUCUGUCCAUCUGAUCUAAUCCCUUGAAUCUAUUUGUCACUUCCACUGUAUAAUCAAAAAGAAUUUGAUUUUGGUCAUACUUGAAUGGUGUAGUGGUUUUCCCUCCCUUCUUCAAUUUAAGUCUGAAUUUGGCAAUACUAUUCUGAAUUUGGCAAUAAUGGUAAUCUAUUAUCAUUAUCAAUGGCAAUCUAUUGAUGGAGUCUGUUUUUUCCAUCCCUUGAAUCUGCGAUAGCCUUUGCCUUGGCUGACUGACAGAAUGCAGAAGAACAAAUGGUGUGCAAGUCUGAGUUCGGCCUUAGAGCUUGCAGCUUCACUUUCACCCUUUUGGAACAUUGCUCCGAGGCCUCCACACCAGAGAGGUGACUGAGGCCCUGUGGAAAAGAACCCAGAACCACCACACAGGUGAACAAGGUCUCCUUGGACCUUCCAGCCCUGCCAAACCCACAGCCGAAUGUAGCCACAGAUGACAUCAAAAGAGAAACUGAACAACUAGCCACUCAGUCAUGAAGAACAACCAGUUGUUUCAAGACGCUAAGUUUGGGAACAGUUUGUUAGGUAGCAGUAGAGCUAAGUGAAACAGUUUGUGCUCUAAUCUUGAGCCAAGUUUCUUUGGUUCAACAUGUUUGUGAGAUAGAUUCAUGUUGUUGGAUAGUAUUGUAUUGUGUGACAAUAUUAUAAUAUAUCCACUUAACUACCGAUGGGCAUAUGGGAAGUUUCUAGUUUGGGAUGCUUAUAAAUAGUGUUGCUAUGAACAUUUUAUUAAUAAGUCAUGUGAUGAAAUCUGCCUGCAUUUGUGUUCACUGUAUAAGCAGGGGAGAUCUUUCUGAGCCAUAGGGUAUCUUACAUGAUCAGCUUUAGUAGCUCUUUUCCAAAAAGUUUGUCCCAGUUCACAUUCCCACCAGCUGUAAGACAUUAGGCAGAGUUUCAGUUCCAUACCCUUGCUAACACUUGGUGCUCUUAAACUUUCCUUAAAACUCUCAGCUUUAAAGAUGAGUCAGGGACUUACCUGGUGGUGGCCAAGACCGCACUCCCAGUGCAGGUUUGAUCCCUGAUGAGGGAACUAGAUCCCACAAGCCACAACUAAGACUCAAAAUAUAAAUAAGUAAAUGAGUGUGUAAAUGAAGACCGCACUAGGGAGGUGUCAGCUCCGUGAGCCAACAUUAGAAAGAAGCUGGACCAACUGGUUUUGAUUCUACCAUUCUUCCUGACAACGGCCAGUUAAGAGGCCAGAAUUUAGGUUUUUUGGUUUUUUUUUUAAUUUUUAUUUGUUUAAGAGGUCAGAAUUUAAAACAGAAUCUUAUAUGCUCUAUUUUUACAAACCACUUUCACAAUCAUAAUUUCAUCUGCAUCUCCUAAUAAAAUAAUCCUGGUAUCAACUAGCACUGCAUAUCUAGGUGCUGAACUCAGUCUAUCCAGAAAUAUUCCUCUGGAAACCGGCCACCUUUAUAUGACUGAUAAACUUGCUGACAUUUAAAAUGAGGCUGCGUGGAACAUUGUCCAUGACUCACCCUAAGUGAAAAACACAGGUAACAAAACAGCCCCAUACAGUCUCAUCCUAUUUUGGUAAAAAAUAUAUCUGCAUAUAUGUCUAUACAUUCAUAGAUAAAGGUCUGGAAGAAAUAGAGCAAAAUGUUAACGGUGUUAUCUCUGAGUAUUGAGCUUAAAGAUGAAUUUAUUUUCUACUUUAUGCCUGUAUUUUUUUUAUAAUGAGGAUGAAUUUGUUUAAUUUUUGAAGUUUAAUUAUUUUUUAAAUCAAUAACACAUUUAUAUAGUCAUAGUCAAGAGUACAAGAGGUUACACAGCAGUCUCCUUCUCAUCCACAUCUGCCUUCCGUCUGGCUCCCUCAAGAGGUAACCCGUGUUCCAGCAUCUGCAGAACCCUUUCAGAGACGUUUCAUGCAUACACUACAAGCAAACACAUAAAUUUAAUUCUGUCACUUUUAUGAUAAGACUAUUUUCAUGUUGAAGAAAACGUUGUAGAAUGUGUCAUGAUGUGGAAAGAUAGGUAGAAAGACCACAAAACAGUGCAUAGAGUAAGACAUUUUAUUUUUUUUUAUUUUUUAUUUUUUUUUAGUAAGACAUUUUGUAAUGGUAGUGGUUUAGUUGCUAAGUCGUGUCUGACUCUUGUGACCCCAUGAACUGUAGCCUGCCAGGCUCCUCUGUCCAUGGGUUUCUCCGGGCAAGAAUACUACAGUGGCUUGCCACUUCUCCAGGGGAUCUUCCUGACCCAGGAAUCGAACCCAGGUCUUCUGCAUUGCAGGCAGGUUCUUUACCAACUGAGCUACAAGGGAAGCACCUAUUUUAUAAUAAUUUAUGAAAAAAUUUUUAUAUUUAAAAUACUAAAACGCUAUAUACCCAAAUGUCUUGGUGGUCACUUCUGUGUGUAGGAUUUUGGGUGAGUCUAUUUUCUCCUUAUAGGCAGGAUGUGGCCUGGGUUUAGGGUGUGGACUCCAGUACCACAAUGCCUGGUUCAGAUCCCAGUCAGCCUCCCCUUAGCCUCACAAACCUGGGGCUAGGGACCUACCUGUGUCUGAGUGCCUUCACCUGUGAAGUGGAGAUUAUAUGAUGCUAACACCUGCUCACAGAGUGUCAUCAGAAAUGUCACAGAUUUAGGUGGAGCCCCUCAAAUGGUGCCUAGCAUUGUUCCUGAGAAUCAUAUUAUUAUUCAUCUGAGUCACCUAAUUUUUCCAUAUUGGACAUGUGUUACAAUAAAAGUUAAAGAGUAAAUUCCCAUGAGAGAAGGGAAACAGAUGUAGAGGCAAGCACCGAUGAGAAAGUGCCACAGAAAAUCGCGCAGACCCUGAGGCCCUGUGGACCCACCAAGGAGGGUGGGGCCCGGCUUCCUGAUUUUGACUGACAGCCCCGUGAGAGGGUCCCUUCGCCUGGUGCUGCCCGCUGGGCACUCCAAAGCAGAGAUGGACUUUGGCCAUCUCUCUCCGGGCAUUUGGAGAAGGCUUUUGAGACCUUCCUGGAAACUCCCCUGUCCCUUCCUUGUAUAAACAACGUCUCGCAACUCUUUGCCACUGUCUUCCUGGCAGUGGUCGCGUGAGGAGAGAUUUCAGAGUAAGUGUGAGGUCUUACUGGCUGUGCCUGGCCCAACUCAUACCAAGGAGCUUCAGGGGCCCAUUACUGCCACCCCAAUGUGGCAGAAGGUCUGAGGGUUUGGAGAAUGAGCUGCUUCACAGCCCAGCUGGAGAAAGAACUGUCCGACUGCAGUUUCGAGUUUCUAAAUACACCAGGCAGCAUGGGCUGGAGGCCUGCCGUCCUGUGUCCCAGGAGGAGCCCUCUGCCCGAGGACAGGGUGGGGAGGGGAGGACAGAUGAAGGGAGGGGCGGAAAGCGCAGGACUGGGAGCUGGAGGCCCUGGGGUCCUGCCUCAGCUCGCACAUUUCAAAAACUGAUGUUAGCUGGGAAAAAUUCGCAGUUUCGGUCAAAAUCCAAUCACUCCUUACAGAACCCCUCGAGUUGAUCUGGGAAUACAAUGCCAGAUGGGACCUGCUUGGUGAGAGUAAUUAUGUGAACUACUUUAUAUUUGAAAGAAUAUCUAGAUCUUGUGUAGUUCCUGCUAAGCCUGAGGUAAAUGAAGGUUGGGAAAUAGUGCAAAUCAAUGUUUCCAGCUUUAUUCAAUUGGUAUAUUUUAAAAUGUGGUCCAGUGUUUAAGUCCUUGCCUUCCAAUACAUGGGGUGGGGGUUCAAUCCCUGGUUGGGGAACUAACAUCCCAUUUGCAUC